CACCAACCUCCAGCGCUCUUAUCAUCUACUGUGGACUCACUCUACUCUGCUCUUUGUAUUCGCUGCAUUCUAUAUUUUUUAGUAUUUCAAGGAGCAGGAAAGAUGUCUACCUACUCGCAAAUGUUCCCGCCGAAACCGGUGUUCACUGAGAAAGAUAUUCCUAUAUUAUCAGGAAAGGUCUUUUUGGUAACCGGAGGAUACUCAGGCGUCGGCCUUGAAGUCUGCCGUGCUCUAUACCACAAAGGAGGCCGCGUGAUUAUCGCAGGUCGUUCAGAGAGUUCGUACACGGCCGCGGUGGAGGAAAUCAGAGGAAACUGUGGCGACCGGCUCACCGUCGACCUCUCCACGCCCGGCUCGCUCGAGUUUCUCUGCAUUGAUCUCGCGGACUUGACGACGAUCAAACCUGCGGUUGAGAAAAUGCUGGAGAACGUGAAGAGGUUGGACGUGGUUUGGUAUAACGCUGGAGUAAUGGUGCCUCCUGCGGGCUCGAAGACCAAGCAGGGCUACGAGCUACAAUGGGGAACGAACGUGGUGGGCCAUUUCCUGCUGCACAAGCUUCUAUGUCCGCUUCUGACAGCCACGGCAGCCGGUUCCGAGGCCGGCACCGUGCGCGCGAUCUUUGUGUCGUCAAUCAUGCACACGUACAGCCCGAAGCCGUACGGGAUCGACUUUGACUCGAUCUCGCGCGACAACGAAAAGGCGAGCAAGAUGGCGAUCUGGAAUCUGUAUUCGCAGUCCAAGGCCGGCGACGUGCUGCUCGCGGACGAGUACGCGAAGCGGUCGGUUGCGCUCGCGCCUGUCUCGAACGAGGAUCCGGCGAAGAAGAAGCCGCAUGUGGUCAGCAUCUCGCUGAAUCCGGGAAAUCUCAAGACGAACUUGCAGAGACAUAGCACGGGAAAUAAAAUCAAGGAGUUUUUGGUGAGUAUGAUUUUGCACGAGCAGAGCUUGGGCGGACUGACGGAGCUGUACGCGGGGCUUGCGCCGGAGACGGCGGAUUAUAAUGGGGGUUACGUGGUUCCGUUUGGACGGAAGGGCAGUGUUGUGUCAUAUGUGAAGAAGGGGUUGACGAGCGAAGGUACGGGUGCGAAGUUGUGGGAGAUCUUGGAGGAGGAGGUGAAGGACUUUGCCUAAGUACAAUGAGUUGAUACGGAGUUGAUGAUGAUGAGCUGAUGAAGUUGAUGAUGAUA